UCAGAGAGAAGAGCGGGAGGACGCAAAGAUGGAGGAACCAAAACAGAAAAAAACUGCUGCUGAAGCCGCUAAACAGUCAUUUAUUUACCUAUUUACUCUCUAAAACUUUGUAAAUGUAAUAAUUUUUAAAAGCCGAUUUUCUCUCCAUGCGUUUUAAAAGCGUGCAGUGGAAGUAAAAUGUCGCUAAAUGUGUCGUGUACGCCGGUUUCUCAGAAAAGGACUCUGUCGAGCCUCCUCGCUGGUCGUGUGGUGAAGAGGCCGAAGCAGGCAGAUGUUCAGCGGCUGCAGGAGGCGGCGAUCCAGCUGUUGGAGCAGCAGCAGAACCUCAGCAGUCUGUUCAGGGAGGUCGGGAAUCCAGAUCCGUGCAACAUCUUUAGCUCUCAGGAUGGAGAUCAGGAACAGGGAACGUCUGAAGACAUCGUAUCCGACAUCACAGGCUCUCUGCUGGUGGGUGAACUGAGGCGUCAGGCUGAACAUCUGGGGGUCUCAGAGGUGGUUCUACUGGUGAAGAUGGUUCUGGAGAGGCUGAAGGAGAUCACAGAGGAGAGAAAAGAAGACGAGAGGAGGGAGAUGCUCACCGACUCCCAGAGGGUCCGGCUGUUUGUCCUCCUGCGGUCCGCCAGAGAGCUCCUGUCACAAGGAGUGUUCUGUUCCAAACUACUGUGGCAGGAAUACAGCAGAGAUCAGAGUCCACCCAGCCUGGAGGUGGUUUAUCAUCUCCACUUUUACAACAUCCUCACUCUGAAGUACAUCAUAGAGAGCGAUGAAGGUGUGAAGCUGUGGUUGGUUCCUCAGCUGAAGGCUCUUUGUGGCUGGACGCCUCCACAAGAAGAACAAGAGACCAAACUAGUUCAGCAGAAAGUCCUGUCAGCGCUGGUCGGCGUUUUGGUCGGAUCAGGAUUUGAGCGAAGCGACGAUCCGGCGGCUGCGGAACGAAGGAUUUCACCGAUCUGCUGCUCGGUGCUCGACGACAUGCUCUUCUGGCUUCUGGACGCUGUGGACACAAAGCUGCUGUCGCCUGGACCUGGACCUGGACCUGGACCUGGACCUGGAGCUGGACCUGGAGCUGGACCUGGAGCUGGACCUGGAGCUGGACCUGGAGCUGGACCUGGAGCUGGACCUGGAGCUGAGCUGUGGAUUCAGAUAUUCGAUGCUUCCCUGUGUGGAGUUUCAGCCUCAGCAGAAGCCCUCCAGUGUUUCUUCACUCACUCCCUCACCCAGACUCUCACCUACAAGCCUCGACUAACGGUGUCGGACGCCGUCUCUCAGCAGAACCAGUGGAUUUUCUCCAAAGCCGACCGUCUGCUGACGUCUCUGUACAGAAAGCUGGCUGUGAUGUUCAGCGUUGAGCAGCUCCUGAAUCACCUGCAGCAGGUUUUAGAAACUCAUGAGGUCAACUGGAAACAUGUGCUGAGCUUCGUCUCCACGCUGCUGGUUUAUUCCCAGUCCGCCCAGUCCAGCCUCAGAGAUCUGCUGUCCAGGCUGCUGAACUCUGCAUUCGAAGGCUACGACCUGGAAAACAUGAUCACGGCCUUCCUGUUGGCUCGACAGGCUUCACUGGAGGGACCCGGCGUCUUCUCCUCUUACAGCGACUGGUUCAAGAUGUCGUUCGGUGGCGGCAGCAGCUUCCACGCCAACAGUAAGAAGUCUCUGGUGUUCCUGCUGAAGUUCCUGUCAGACCUGGUGCCCUUUGAGCCUCCGCAGUACCUCAAGGUUCACAUCCUUCAUCCUCCGUUCGUUCCUGUGAAACAUCGCAGCCUCCUGAUGGAGUACGUCUCUCUGGCCAAGACCAGGCUGGCCGACCUCAAGGAGUCAGUGGAGGACAUGGGUUUAUACGAGGAUGUUUCUGGUGCUUCAGUGCAGCCUCAGUGUCAGGCCGUCCAGGACAUGGAGAAAGCAGUGACUCUGUUUGAGAGCACAGGAAGGAUCUCAGCUACAGUCAUGGAGGCCAGUAUUUUCCGGAGGUCGUACUUCUUGACUCGGUUCCUUCCUGCUCUGCUGACUCCGAGGCUGCUUCCUGUUAAACCCGAUGCUCGGAUGAGUUUCAUAGAAGCUCUGAAAAAAGCAGAUAAGAUUCCUGCUGCACAGUAUUCAUCCUAUGUAGAGUCCUGCCAGAAACAGAGGCAACAGAACAGAAGUGCAGCGUGUUCGGACACUAAAGACGACCCUCUGGAGGUCCUGGAGGUUCAGCUGCUGGAGUUCACACAGCUGGUUGUUAGUGGAGAUGAAGGAGAGAUGUCGGCUCAGCUGUCCAGAAUCUCUCACACUCUGAGCGUCGUCUUCCCCGGACGUCCUGAUGAUCUGAUCAGACAAACGGUUAUUAAACUCGACGUAGAUGCUCCUCAGUCCUCUGAGCUCCACGUUAAAGUUGUCAACAUGAUCCUGAGGAACUUCUGCCAGUGUGUGUUGGACACCUCCAGAGCAAACCCUCCCAAUAAACAAACCCGGUGGGCCUCCAGGUUCGUCGGCGCUCUGCUCGGUAACUCUCAGCUCCUCUGCUGCCUCGUCCACAGACUCUGGGAGCUUUUUCACAACCAGGCCUCGUCUCUGAGUUCUGCUCAUGUUCUUGGUCUGGCCGUGUUCAUGGUCCACCUUCACGCCUCCACAUCAAACAAUCCUCUGGUUCAGCUUCCUGCUCGGCUGGUGUCAGUUGGAGAAGCUCUCAGCUGGGCUCUGGUCUGCAGCAAAGACGCUAACAUGCUCUUCUGUGUCAGGUUGUGUGUUGCUGCUGUGUGUUACGGGAUCUGCAGGACUGAGUCACUGCCUCAACAGCAGCUGCAGGACUUCAUCCCCAGCAGCAUCUACAAGAAGCUUCUGUACCUGAUUCCCAGACUGCUACCUGAAACCAGGAGAACAGCUGCUGAACAUCUGGAGGAGAACCUGUGGAGCAGCGUCACCGACAGCAGCAGCAGCUGGAGGGAAACAGCUGGACACAUGUGGAGGAACGUCGCCUUCCAACAGCUGCAACAGAAACCAGAGUAUCAGUUGUUGUUCUCAGACUGGCUGGACAACGAGCUCAGAGUCCAGAGAAGUGAAGACGUCCUGAAUGAUGCAGAACGUCAGGAGUAUCAGCAGUGGGUUUGUUUGGAGCUUUAUCUGACUAAACCUGAGGAGGAAGGAGGCUGUGGAGGAGACAUGAAGAAGCUCUGCUCUCAUCUCAUUCAUGGAAUCAUGGAGCUGCAGUUAAGUGAGCAGAAUCUGGAAAAGUUCAAUCCCAGAGUGUCUGAAUCUGCAGGCUGUUUGCCAGAUAUCCUGUCCAGAUUACAGGAGGUUGUGUAUGAGAUGGAGCUGACUGACCUCCGUGGAAGCAGAGCAGAUGUUUGUGACGUCCUGUUCGAGGUGGUGUUUCAGAGAUUCUCCUCCUCGUCUUCACUAAACAUCAGCAGUGAUCUCAGCCUGCAGCGAGCUCUGCACACCUGGAACAGAGUUCUAUUGACUCUACCGGCCGUUCUGUUGGUUAGACUGAAGGCUGAAGGAGGACGGACGACUCUGGACUGCAGCAAACUGAUCCAACACGUGAACCAGCAUCAGAGGCAGCUGUGUUCUCCGGUCGGCCUGCUGUCCUGCUCCAUCACCUCACACCUCCUCAGAGGGCUGCUGUGUGCCAGUUUACGAUGCGGACGUCCAGGAGAAGAGUUCAACAGAACCUGGUCUCAGAUCAGCAUCAACUGUCCUCUGCUGCUCGUCUCCACAGUGUUCCAUUGGCAGCGUCUGUCUGCUGUUCUGUCGUCUUUGUGGCUUCGUCUGACUGAUGGAGAUUCUCUACCGGAGCAGCUGAAGCUCAUCUCUGACUGUCAGAACUGGAGCUGCAGUUUGGAGAAAGGCCAGAUGUUGCAGACGCCUCCAGCUGCUGCUCUUCUGUCGGCCUCCAGCCUGCAUCGAGUCUGGAGACGCUGUGAAGGAAACAACCGCAGCUUCAGAGCAGCUCUGAAUCUACUGCGACCAGAGAGAGACACAAAGUACAAACAGAUGCUGGUUUUCCUGUUCUUCCUGUGUGUGAACGACUACCUGUCAUCACUGCUGCAUCCUCAGGAGAAGAACCAUGAAGAAGUCCGAUGUUUCUGCACUGAGCUCCUGAAUCUGCUGGUCGACUCUCCUGAUUGGCUGCUCAUCUUCAAACCCAACGAUCAAGGUGUUUAUCAGUCGGUUACCAUGGUGACGUCAGAUGAGUUUACUCGGCUGAUGCCCUGGGCUUUCUGCAGUUUGCUGCUCCACCAGAGUCGUGAGCUGCUGCAGGGAGCUCUGAGGUGUCCUGGUUUCCUCCAUACUGCCGUCAUCUGCUACGUCAACGUCCUGCAGCUCUUCCUGGACGGAGAAACUCCUCCGACAACCACAGAGAAGCAGGUGGAGCCUUCUGAGAUCCUGAACCAAAGCAAACAGUUCAUCCUGACGGUGAUUUCACAGUCGUCUCCUGGUGCUCUCUCAUCCACACAACUCAGACAACUGGAGUCUCAGUGUGCAGAUGUGGAUCCAGAUGUGGCAGCAGCUCUGUCGCUUCACCUCGACCCCCAGAGCCUCAGUCCAGAGAUGGACUUCCUGUGACGUCGGACAAACUUGAAUAACGGCAGCAAACUACGACCGAACGGUGGUGCAGCGUGACGUCAAACAACCUAAUCUGUCUUCAGACUGUGACUCCUGGAUGGAUGUAAAACUGAUCUGGUGUCAGUUUUUACCAGAACUCAAACGUGUUUUUCCUCCUGAGAAUUUCACGUUUUGUAUUCAGAUAUUGUCCAAAAUGAGAGAUGUUCAAAAUGACUUAAAGUCGGUUCUGAAUGAUUCAGUCGACAACUUAGAAUUUGGCCAAUUAUUUGCAAGAUUAUUUUAAAAAUGUCAGAAAUUGCAAAAAAUGUUCCAAAUGAUUAAAUGAAAGUCGAAAAGGUCAAAGAAAAACUCCAAAACCACUUGAGAUUAGUGAAAAAUUAUUUAAAAUCUAUCAAAAAAUGUUUUUCAUACUGAAAAUGUCAAAAUUUUGGAUCAUUUUAAAGUCAUUUUAGACUGUUUUUGUGUCAUUCUAGACAUAUCUUCAGUAUUCAUAUUUUCUGAUUAUCAGCUGCUGGAGUCUAGUGGUUUCCAAAUAAUGUUUUUUGAUCUCAGUAAAUCCAGUUAGUGGUGUUCUGUUGUUUGUGUGUACAGCCCAGGUUACUGCGGAAUCUGUAUUAUUAAUAAAUAAAGAUAUUUAUUCAAUUA